AAAGCAGAUGAGUCCACGAGUUCCAGCACACUCUCCUGUCUCUCACAUAAAAAGUCUCUUUUUAAUUUUUAGAGGUUAUUAAGUUCUGGGUAUCAUCUGCUUUUGGUGUCUGAAUAGUUGGAAGGACGUAAUGGUAAGGGAGACUAGCCGAGAGCUGCCACCGGAGCCUCUUGAUUUCUUUAUUUGGACUGUUGAGGAUGUUGGUCUGUGGUUGGAAGAUAUAAAUCUGGGCAGUUACCGGCAAAUAUUCAAAGAAAAUGGUGUCAAUGGAGAGUACCUGGAAGGCAUGUCAAUGUUCACAACUGAGCAGAUUCUUCGUUUUAUAAGAAAGUGCCACAUGAAAUGGGGGGACUUUAUCACGCUGUGCAAGGAACUAAGGCGAAUUAAAGUCGCUUGCCUGAAAGGAGAGCAAAAAGUUCGAACGCCAUGGUGGGCUCCGUCUUGUCUCUCAGUAGUAUUUGUGAAGGUGGCAGAGCAAAACAGACAAUCACGCGUUGUUUCCUUGAAGCUGGAACCUUAGAGGAAAUCGUAUCUAUACCAACUUAUAUAUUCCUCUUUUGCUUGUAGAACGUAGUAGGAAAGUAUCUUUUAUUACAUUUUCCUUUUAGCGUUUGUUCUUCACUGGAGAAUUCUGUGUAUUAGUCUUUAAUGUAAAUAUUCCUGGUUGUUUGACUUAUAUAAUUAUGUACUCUAAGAACCACAGGGGCAAACUGCAAAUCAUCUGUGUAUGAAGUUACCGAUGUUCAUGAUGGUCGAAAAUGAAGCUUUACUAUUUUCAGUG